UUCUCAUUCCCGGCCGCAGCUGGCAUCCGAAGUAUCUGUGUUUCAUAGGCCAUCGUCAUUUUCACUCUUUGAGUCACUCGGUCUCGUGUCCUUGACCGAAUCUUCGCCGUCUCACCUCCCCCAAGCCAGUAACUCGUUAUUCUCGCCGCCGUACUUGCAUGCGCAGCUUCUGCUCGGCUGCUCUGUCCUCUAGCACUAUCUCAGAAUUGCAGGAGAAGCAUGUUUGGCUUGAUUACCACCUCUGCUGCUAGCUCGUCCGCUACUGCCAACACUCUGUCCUCUCGCAUUCCCUCUGCCCUACUUCAUCAAAGAUCCAACGCCAUCGCUUUGUGCUCUCAAUUGACUUCAAUCGUGUGUGUUCAAGUUAACGGGAACUCAUCACGAUCAAGUUGUAGUGCUAUUAAAGCCAUGGCUGAGUCUCAUACCCUUUCAGUGCCAAAUAAUGAGCCUCAAACCUCUGCUUCUGGCAAUAAGCAAGCUCUUAUAUCUUUGUCUGACAAAAAGGACCUGGCUUUUCUUGGUAAUGGGCUACAAAAUUUAGGGUACACAAUUGUUUCUACAGGAGGAACAGCAUCGGCUUUAGAAAGUGUUGGGGUAUCUGUAACUAAAGUGGAGCAACUUACUUGUUUUCCUGAAAUGCUUGAUGGUCGUGUAAAAACUUUGCAUCCCACCAUCCAUGGAGGUAUUCUUGCUAGAAGGGAUCAAAAGCAUCACAUGGAAGCUCUUAAUAAACAUGGAAUUGGUACCUUCGAUGUAGUAGUGGUAAACUUGUAUCCGUUUUAUGAUAAAGUUACAUCAACUGGCCAAAUUGAGUUUGAUGAUGGAAUUGAGAACAUUGACAUUGGUGGCCCUGCAAUGAUCAGAGCUGCAGCAAAGAAUCACAAGGAUGUCUUGGUUGUCGUUGACUCUCAAGACUAUGCCGCACUGCUAGAUUUUCUCAAAGGAAACCAGGAUGAUCAGCAAUUCCGUAGAAAACUUGCCUGGAAAGCUUUUCAACAUGUCGCUUCUUAUGAUUCUGCAGUUUCUGAGUGGCUUUGGAAACAUACAGUUGGAGAUAAAUUCCCUCCCAGUCUAACGGUGCCUCUAUCGCUCAAGAGUUCUCUUCGUUAUGGUGAAAAUCCUCACCAAAAGGCUGCAUUUUAUGUGGACAAGAGUAUUUCUGAGGUUAAUGCUGGUGGUAUUGCAACAGCUAUUCAACACCAUGGGAAGGAGAUGUCAUAUAACAACUACUUAGAUGCUGAUGCUGCUUGGAAUUGUGUGUCAGAGUUUAAGAACCCUACUUGUGUUAUUGUUAAGCACACUAAUCCUUGUGGGGUAGCUUCUCGUGAUGAUAUCCUUGAAGCAUAUAGGCUGGCUGUGAAAGCUGAUCCAGUGAGUGCAUUUGGUGGCAUUGUAGCCUUUAAUAUAGAGAUUGAUGAGGCUCUUGCUAAGGAAAUCAGGGAGUUCAGAAGCCCAACUGAUGGUGAAACUCGGAUGUUUUAUGAGAUUGUGGUUGCUCCUAAGUAUACAAAAAAGGGGCUUGAGAUUCUCAAGGGAAAAUCGAAGACCUUGAGAAUCCUCGAGGCAAAAAAGAACGAACAAGGCAAGCUAUCACUGAGACAAGUUGGUGGUGGAUGGUUAGCUCAGGAUUCAGAUGACUUGACCCCCCAAGAUAUCCAAUUCAGUGUUAUGUCUGAGAAGACUCCACAAGAAAAUGAAUUUUGUGAUGCAAAGUUUGCAUGGCUGUGUGUCAAACAUGUAAAGAGCAAUGCCAUUGUAAUAGCAAAGAAUAACUGUAUGCUAGGCAUGGGAAGUGGGCAGCCAAACCGGCUGGAAAGUUUGAGAAUAGCCUUGAAGAAAGCAGGAGAUGAGGUCAAAGGAGCUGCUUUGGCUAGCGAUGCUUUCUUCCCAUUCGCUUGGAAUGAUGCAGUGGAAGAGGCAUGUGAAGCUGGGAUUGGUGUGAUUGCAGAGCCAGGUGGGAGCAUCAGGGACAAUGAUGCCAUAGACUGCUGCAACAAGCGCGGGGUUUCGUUGCUUUUUACGAAUGUGAGACACUUCAGGCACUGAGAGAUUCAGCAAUCUCGUCAUUUUUUGAGUUAUAAGCCUUGCGCGUAGAGCCCUUGCAACACAGACAGUUGCAAUGUGUAACUAAUAAUGUACUGUAAGAGUUUUAGAUAUUUUCCUUUCAAUAUCUUGAGAAUAAUAGUUUUGUUCCGAGAUUAAGACAUGUUGGAAAUUCUCAAAAAUAUUGUAUGUAUAAUAAAGGACUAAGUUCAGCA